GCUGUUUCUCUCUCCUGCUGCACUCCGGGGCUGGUUCCCAUUCAAAUGUGGGUCAGGGGUGAGGAAGCGUAACGUCAUAAGCUUGCAACAUGGCGUCCCGAAGGCUGUGAGAUGAGCAAGAGGAUGGUAAAGAACGCUUGAGAACCACCCUACAGAUGUAAGAAGCUUCAGGUGGCAUUCGUGUAGGAAGAGCGAGACGGAAGGAAGGACUGACGGAAGGUGGAAAUGGAACUGCCAAAUCAUGCCAAACAACUGCUGCUGCAACUCAACCAGCAGAGAGCCAAGGGCUUCCUGUGUGAUGUUAUCAUCGUGGUGGAGAAUGCACUCUUCCGUGCCCACAAGAACAUCCUGGCGGCGAGCAGCAUCUACUUUAAAUCUUUGGUCCUCCACGAUAACCUCAUUAACCUGGACACGGAGAUGGUUAACCCCUCUGUGUUCAGGCAAGUUCUGGACUUCAUCUAUACUGGUAAGCUGCUGUCCUCGUCGGACCAGAGUAGCGAGCAGAAUUUCAGUGCCCUCUUAACCGCAGCCAGCUACCUCCAGCUCCACGACCUCGCUGCCCUGUGCAGAAAGAAGCUCAAGCGCAGUGGUGGGAAACCCCUGCCAGGUAAACCCUCCACUCCAGGUCCUCUUAGCCGCUUACGCCUCAAUAACCAGCGCCUUUCCUCCUCCACACCGGCUGGCCCCAACAACCACUAUCUUCCCACCCCUUCAGACGCUGACCAGCCACAGCCAGAUGAAGGCCUUCGGGACAAGCUCUCAGAUGAUGAGAUGUUUAUUGGCAGCUCUGGGAGGAACGGCAACGGAGGGAAUGGCAGCAGUAACGGUAACCUCAGCAGCGGAGGAAGUGCAGGCGAGCCUGAUCUUGGGUUAGACCUGACCAAAAAGAGCCCCCCCUCUGCGGGCACAGUCACGGACGCCCUCAGCCCCCACAGCAACUCCCAAGAAUCCCCUCAGUCUGCCUCGGUAUCCACAACCAACAGUGCCUCGCUGGACGACUCCUCGACCACCCUCCCGGGCGUGGACGUUUGCAGCUCUGACCCCACUGAGGUCAACUGUAAAACCGAGGACAUCCAGCACGACGGACCUCCUCCACAGAAGAAAUCCCGGCAGGGUGGGCGCAAGAAUGAAUGGCCCAAGAAAGAGGCAUCAGGAUUGAGGUCUGAUGAUCAUGACAGGCCCCUGGUUAAUGGAGUGAUUGUGGCACCCAAAGAUGGCCGCUCCUCUGGCGGGGCUGUUGGGGGCAGUGGUAGCAGCCUCAACUCCGACCAGACCCUCCAGUGUAAAGACGAGGAAGACGGAGGAGAGAACGGCCAGGACCACAGCGAAGACAGCGGUCAAAGCGAUGGAGAGAGCGCAGGGGGUGGAGGAGGGGGCACAGGCGGGGGCCACCGUAACGCCAACUACGUGUACCGCCAGGAAGGUUUUGAACCAGCGUUUGGAGACAACCUCUAUGUGUGCAUUCCCUGUGGAAAAGGCUUUCCCAGCUCAGAGCAGCUCAACGCUCACGUGGAGACCCACACCGAGGAUGAGUUGUACAUCAAAGAGGAAGGGGGGACCUACGUGAAGGAGGAAGAUGAGGAGGAGGCAGAGGAUCUUUCCACGCCUGUAGGCCCCUCCAACUUCGGCUCCGAAACGCGCCCCUUCAAGUGCACCGUCUGCAAUAAGAGCUACAAGGACCCGGCGACGCUGCGCCAGCAUGAAAAGAGCCACUGGCUUACCCGGCCCUUCCCCUGCAACAUCUGCGGCAAGAUGUUUACCCAGCGGGGCACCAUGACGCGCCACAUGCGCAGCCACCUGGGCCUCAAGCCCUUCGCAUGUGAGGAGUGCGGCAUGCGUUUCACUCGCCAGUACCGCCUGACGGAGCACAUGCGCGUCCACUCCGGGGAAAAGCCGUACGAAUGCCAGCUCUGCGGCGGGAAGUUCACUCAACAACGCAACCUCAUCAGUCACCUGAGAAUGCACACCUCGCCCUCCUAGAAACAAGCCAAAGAACUCUGGGAAUAGAAAAACAAACUGCUCUACCUUCUUUCUUUUGUUUUUUUUCCAACAAAGAAAUGCACAUGUACACGUUGAACACACUUCUACAAAUGACCUUUGGUUUACGACGCCCUGGCUAAGUGAAUGUUGUAGCCACACUGGGCAACGAUGGUAAUGUAGGUUCAUCAUCAGUUGAAAGUGACAUGCGCUCACCUCUCAGGAGUUCUAGAGGGACCGUUUACUCCUCUUUCUCUAUCUUAACUGUCUCUCAGCCCCAGGUCGCAAAGCCUUGGCGACAUAGCUUUGUGGCUUGUGGUCUUUUUAAGGCCGAUAAAUGUGAAUGUGGGUACCAAUGUAAUGUCUGACCCUAAUGUCCGCCUCAUGCCCCUCAGCAGGCCUCAUCUCUUCUACUUUUUUUUUUUUAAAGCUUUUUUUUCCUGGUCGUUCUCCAAACUUCAGAAGUCCCCUCUGCUCUCCAGCGCUAUUCUGACCAAAAAGAUGGAAAGUAACCCAAUGAAAUCACUACUGGCAAUAAUUCAGCAAAAACAAAGAGUCUUUUUUUACUCUUAACAGCUUUAUAUUCUUUUAUGUUAAGCGAUGGCGGAUGUAAGACGAGGGGUGACUGGGUUUGUGACCACCUCCAUGCUUUAACUGAGAGAAGGUUCCACGUGGGGUCAUGUUGGGUCAGGUGUUGGUUGCUUAAAAAGGUCUCUUCAUGGCUGUAAUCCAGAAAGGACGUUCACUCACUUCCCACUUGCCUGAUGGUGCAUCUGGGAAGCAAUAAUCCUGGUUUGCAAAGAGGAACCUCUUGAGGUACUUGUUUUACGUAAAGAACUUAUAAUGUUUCAGUGAAUGUUUUAACUGGAAGGUCUUGGGAUUUUUCUUGUGGUGGGGGAGGGAUUUAGGGUUGGGGUGGGCUCAUAAGAAGGUGUUUUAGACUGAACAAUACGUUCAGUGGGUACGUUUUAUUUUGUGUCUGUAUAGCUUUCCUCCCCUUAUGGAAAAAAAAAGAAGUCUAUUUAUAUGGGCUUGUGACCUCGCUACCUCUGAUUACUCUUACAAACUCUAUAUGUUUAGUUCCUAUGUAAUUAAUUGUAAAAAGUGUGUUGAUUAUCUUCACUUGAUGCUUUAACCUGCCCAUCUCUCAACACAGGUUUUUAAUACUCAGAUUUUAUUCAUUUCUAUUCUUUUUAGCAGUCGUGUUUACUCCAAAUACAAGAUAGCUUUUCGGGCACCCCCACCUCACGGUGGUGUCUCCUCAAAAUGUACUGUAGCGUCUUUCCGAAGGCAGGUAAUGGUUAGUUGGUUAGGUGUAUAGUGUUCCAAAGAUCCUGUGAAUGUGGAGAACAGAGCUAACUAACAAACAUUGCUAGACAAGUUCAAAACCAAAGCUUUUUUUUUUUUUUUUAAAGAUGUACUUAAAGAGAUAUAGCAUACUAAAUUAUUUCGCUUUUUAAUUUUGUUUUUAUUUUGCUGUAUAAUACAAAAUUAAGAAUUAUAUUGUAAGUCCAUACAAAGAAAUCCACUCUUUUGGAGUUUUGGCCAAUGACUCCGAGACUGAGGAAGCUUCUUGUGGUUUGCAAGGAAAGCUUGUGCUGAUUGGUGGGCCGGUGAACUUUACCACCUAAAGAAAAGAAACCGCUGGUCAUUUUUUACAAUUUUUUUUGCGUUGUUUAUAUCCAAAAUCCUUAUCACUUUAUAUUCCCUAACUUUAAAAAAACAGGACAUGAUGUGUUCUGUUCAGACCAAAAAAAAAAAUGGAAAAAGAAAAAAAUAUAGGACUUAUAAUCAGAAUUUUAAUGUGAAGUUCAAGUUGCUUGUUAGUUCCUUUUGAGCCAGACUUGUGAAAACUUGUAACAAGAAGGGAGAAGCAGGGAUGCACUGGACAGCUACUCCUGCAAAAAAUCCUGUUUUUGUUUUUUAUUUUUGGGUGUUUGUCUCCAAUGUUCUCCACUGCAUCACUUAAUGGUUUUAAGUUAUUCUAACUAGCAGAUGCUUUACCUGAUUAACGUCAUUGUCACUACAGCCUGUCCAGUGUAUCCAUUCCUAACCGUUACACUGGCCCUUCACUACAAGUUUUUGGUAUAGGCAUUCCUCUUUUUUUUUUUUAAUAUAUAACUGUCCUUUAAUAUUUUUUUUGUCUGACUCCUUUGUUAUCCUCAUGGUCUGUGAAUUGUUUAAGAUGUAGGGAUGCAGCCACAGUUACAAACAUCAUGACCGUUUGUAAGGUACCUGCAUCUCCUGGAUGAGUUACUACUUGGUUGGCUGUUAAGCAGUUACUAGUUAGUAACCUGCAUGGUGCAUAUACAUGUUCCCCCCCCUCCCCAAACUACAAACACGCAUCCAUCCUCUUGAGUACAUUGCAUUUGUGUACCUAUCAACGUGCAGUUCAGUGUCUAUCAUGCAAAGGAUGUGUGUGUUUAGUUUUUUUGUUGUUGUUUUUUUUUUAACAUGAUAUCCAGCCAUUGCUGCAAUUGCUGCAUUUGAAUGCUUGCUUGUCGGACAUAAACGAAGAAAAACUCCAAACUGUGACCAUACUAAUACUACUAUUACUAUUACUACUUCUACUAGAACUACUACUAUACAAAAUACUUCAGGGAUUGUCCUGCAUCUGUGAAUGCAGGCCAUCAGCUACAUUUGUAUGACAUAGUAUUGUAUCAAUUUCUCUGUAUUUUAAUCACGGGAGGGGGGGCAGAAACACUAGUUUCAUAUGUAAAACAAAAAAGGAAAGGGAUGGGGGGCGUUUUUUUUUCUUUUUUCCCAACUAACAAAGAGCCUUGACAAAAGGUGAGGCAGCUCGAAACAAUUUUAGUUAAUGACACGGUAUGUUCAUGCAUAGUUGUACAAAAAAAAGUAAGAAGAAAUAGAAAAAGCUCAUACCCAAAAUCCACAAACUAUUUUUUAAACCAAAGCACAUUUGAAUGACUAUGGAACCAUGCGUGGCUCUAGAAAAAAAAAAGAAAAAAAAGAAACAUGUAUUUAUCUCAUUGUUUACAAACUUUGACAGUUUUUACAGACCUCACUCAAGGCCCGGCCAGUCAGAGACUUUUAAUUGUUUUUUUUGUUUUGUUUUUUGCUGCUUUUCCACAGAGGUUUGCUGCCAAAACAAAAAGCAUGUGGUGGACUGCUGCAUAUUCAGUUAGAGGGAUGGGUGUGUUCGCUUUUAGGUGCACUAAAACCCCUCCCUCUGCCAGCUGGCUUUUGGGCUGACCCCAUGCCCCCAAUCACUCCCUCCCUUCGUGCCCUCUGGCCUGUCUGGGGGGGGGUGGGCAGUGCAUCCUUGAUGUGUUCAUCAAAAGGCAUUGUUAGUCAGGGUCUUCUCGCACCGUGUUGUGUAUCUGUUUGCCCUCUUGCACUUGACGGCUGCCUCUCGGCUCUCCAGUGGUAGGAUGGGUUUACGGCGACGUUGAAUUCAAGUGGAGAAUGUUGCUUUGAUUUGUCCGCUGCAUGUAAAUGAGAAUUAUCAGCUAUAGUCUUAACUGUGAAUGUUUUUUCUUGCUUUUUUUAAGCUGUUCUGUGGGUCAAAGCAGCACAAACCUCUGGCUGGCUGAGCCUCCUUACAAAGUCGGUGAAAACACUUAUUGACGGUGUUCUCACUAUCUCUCUGUCUCUCUUUCACUCUUUUUUUUUUUUUAUCAAAUGUCUAUUGUCAGUGAUGAAUGUAUUUAUUUGUGGUCCGGCCCUCACCUCGGCAAAGAAUUUGCUCAAAGUGUGAGUUUGAGGUGGAGGCCGGACCGCCUAUUGUUUUUGUUUUUGUUGUUAAUGUUUUGAGGGUUUCAAGCUGAGAAUCAAAAAAAAUGCAACACGAAACAGCCAUUAACUGCGUUCUGUGACAUUUUAGGGGGAUUUUAGUUAUUUUUAUAUCUCAUUUCUCAGUCUUUUCAUGUGAUUCUCUGCAGAUGUCCCCUCCCCCCAUUCCCAUCUCACUGAAAGCCUCAUGAGGGGCCUUGAAGCCCUCAUGUGGAUACAGACUGGAGGCCACUAUAUUGUCUUGGAUUGCUUUGCCUGGGUGUUGCCAUGUAUACGCUUUGUUUUUGACCUCCAACAAAACAAACAUGCACAUCGUUCACGUGUCAUUCUCUGCUUUUUUUGUCUUAAUUUCUACAACUGUAGCUUGGUUGGGUCUACUUGUUUUGUUUUUGUUUUUUAAUCCAAGGUUUGACUAAGUGCACUUUUUUAAUCCGACUUCCCGCUGACUUUCUUAUUUAGGUCUCUUUGUGUAUGCCCAUCCACAUAUCUAUAUCUCAGUGUUACCAAAGCUUUAAAAUCAGUAUA